AAGGCCUCUACGUCCUGUAGAGAAACGUUGUGUUCCGUGUGCUUCGAUUUUGUGCUUUGUUUGUUUACCCCCAAGUUACGCAUUUAUUCGUUGUGACUUCCAAAUUCGUGUCUAUCGAGGAAUUUCAUCUUUUACUCCUUGGAGAAUCUACUGAAAAUCAAUUGAGAAGAAUAGAUAUGUGAAACAGAUAAAAGAAGUACUACAAAACUUACCAACAUGGAAUUGGAAGUGCUUAUUUUCUUUACUCUGAUGAUAUCAGUUUUAGGAGUUCUGGAAGGACCAAAUAUAUGUACUAGGCAGGAAGAAUAUACAACAACAGUCAGGGUUUCCGAACAGCAACCCUACCAAGUCCGAGAGUUCACAUGGUGCCUCAAUUUCCCACCAAGAUGUUCCAAAUACAAAAUCAAGUUUAAGACGGUUUACAAAACGCAGACCCUGGUGAAAACCAGACCUGUCGAAGACUGCUGCAAGGGAUACGCCAAGGAUAGCACAGAAACGCACUGUAAGCCCAUCUGUUCCAGAGAUUGCAUACACGGCACUUGCACUGCACCAGACAAGUGCCUUUGCGAGACCGGCUAUGGUGGUCCCUACUGUGAUAUUUCUUGUCCUAAAGGACUGUGGGGUAGAGAAUGUCAAAAUCUAUGCGAAUGUCAAAAUAACUCCACCUGCGAUCCUUUUGAUGGAAAAUGUAUUUGUGCGAGGGGUUGGAUAGGAGAACAUUGUGAAAAACAGUGUGACAAUGGUACCUUCGGAUUGGACUGUCAAGAAACAUGUCGUUGUAUCAAUGGUAAUUGCGAUCCAGUAUCCGGUGAAUGCCACUGCUUCUCUGGAUGGAAGGGCCCACUGUGUGACGACUUUUGUCCGGUGGGCAAACAUGGACCAGAGUGUAAGUCGGACUGUAACUGCCAAAAUCUAGGAGUUUGCGAUCCGGAAACUGGAGAAUGCUACUGCAAACCCGGUUGGACAGGUCCGGUCUGCGCUAACAGGUGUCCUUUCGGUUAUUUUGGUGAAGGAUGUAAUGAAGUUUGCGACUGUAACAAUGCAGCAUCGUGUCAUCAUAUCACAGGCAAAUGUGAAUGUUUACCUGGAUUCAUUGGCGAAAGGUGCCUGGACAUAUGCCCCGAGAACACAUACGGCAUUAACUGUACGGAGACAUGUCAAUGUCAAAACGGCGCCAAAUGUUCGAGGUCAAACGGAGAUUGUUCUUGUUCUCCAGGCUUCAAGGGACGUUUUUGUGAAGAGAGAAAGUGCCAAGACGGUUGGUGGGGUAAAAACUGCGAGAAAUCCUGCGAGUGCGUGAAGGAAAACACGGAAAUGUGCCAUCCGUGGACUGGAAAAUGCGAAUGCAAACCUGGUUGGAACAGCAAAGAUUGCUCCAGACCUUGUCCGCUUUUAACCUUCGGCAAGGGUUGCGAAGGGCAGUGCAAGUGUCAGAACAACGGUCAAUGUUCGCCUGUCAAUGGAAAUUGCAUAUGCGCCCCUGGAUUCACCGGUGUUAACUGCGAAGAGACCUGUCCGGAUGGCAGCUUCGGAGAGGAUUGUGCACAGAAAUGCGACUGUAAAAACGGCGCGUCAUGCUCAACGGAAACUGGACAGUGCAUUUGCACCCCAGGAUGGCAGGGACAACAAUGCGAUAGGCCUUGCAGCAAUGAUUCUUAUGGUACACAAUGUAGUAAAAAAUGUGUUUGUAAAAAUGGAGCAUCUUGUAACCCACAGAAUGGGAACUGUACGUGUAGCGCUGGUUUCACUGGAGAAUUGUGUGAGCAUCAGUGCCAUUCAGGCUUUUUCGGCCAUAACUGUGAACAGAUCUGUCAGUGUGAGUCCGAACACAGUGUGGGAUGCGACUCUGUCACUGGAAAAUGCAUAUGCAAACCGAACUGGAAAGGAGUCACCUGCGAAAGUCAGUGUCCUCUGGGAAAAUUCGGUUUGAAUUGCGACCAAGACUGCAAUUGCAAAAACAACAGUUCCUGUGAUCCAGAAACGGGCGUCUGUCUCUGCGAAGCUGGAUGGCAGGGAAAGGACUGCGACCAGCCGUGCGACCAUGGAUAUUACGGACUUAGCUGCAGGCAGAAAUGUCCUGAAAUGACCACCAGUAACAAAACUUGCGAUCACAUCACAGGAGAAUUCGUGUGUCCCCCAGGAUUCAUCGGACUCACUUGCGAACAUCCUUGCCCCAUUGGUACUUACGGAAAGAAUUGCCAGAAAAAUUGUUCUUGCAGGAACGGUGGUGAUUGUCACCAUGUCACAGGAUACUGCCAAUGUUUGCCUGGUUGGAUGGGGGAAAAUUGUACAGUUCCUUGCGAACCAGGUCGCUUCGGUAUGAACUGUAGCCAACACUGCAAGUGCCUCAACCAUGGUGAAUGCAGGAGGAACGAUGGUGUAUGUAGGUGUAAGCCUGGCUGGACUGGGACGCAAUGCACAGAAAUUUGUCCAGAGGGAUACUUCGGAGACCACUGCAUGACCCCCUGCGAGUGUAAGAACGACAAUUUCAUCUGCCACGCGGCCAGGGGUUGCGUUUGCCGUCACGGCUUCAGCGGGGCCAACUGCGACGAGCCUGUGGUGUUGGGCAGGGUGACAACACCCCCCAAUGAAGGUCUGGGGUAUGGCAGUAUCAUUGCUGGCAUCAUGCUGGCCCUCAUCUUAGUCUCCAUCAUAGUUCUGGUCAUUCUGUACUACAAGAGACGUGUGGCAAAUCUUAAAACUGAGAUUGCCCACGUGCAGUACAUAGCAGAUCCACCAGAACGCAAUAAUUUCGACAAUCCAGUGUACUCCUAUCAGGGUGUUGGUAAAAGGGAUAAUGAGCACUUGUUGAAUAACACAAAUUGCAUGAUCCGUAAUAAUCUGCAAAGACCAUCAAAUACUCUUCUAGAAAGAGCGAGGUUAGGACAGUUGGGAGCUGCCUCAUGUUCUAAUUCUGUUGCUUAUAGCGUUGAAGAUGAAUUGAGGUCGCUCAAAAACAAAGACGCUGAUGCAACUAAUCCGAACAUCUACCACAGUUUGGAGAAGCUGGAUCACGUUUAUGACGAAAUCAAACAAAAAGACAUCAAAGACAUAGAGCUCGAAUACGACCACUUGGAUUACACCAGACCUGUGAGUACAAUAAAGCCACAUUAUCAGAAGAUGCCGAGUCCGUUUGGUUCCAAAGAUCCAAUCAAAGAAGAAAACACAGAGACUGAUUCCACUUGAGAUGAGAUCUCCCGAAAAUUGCUUAUAAUUUGAGAUGAUGCGCGUUUUUAUAUAUUUUUUAUGUAUAAUCGAAUCGAAAAAUUUUUGUACACUUUAGGAGGAAAGCUUUUUGAGGAUCAAAAAUUGAAUCUUGAAAAUCAAUGUGAUAUGUCAUUUCGGAUUUAGGGAUUUAAGAGAAAAUUGGAUGGAGUAUUAUUUGUAAAUAAUUCUCAUGUGCUCAAAAUGUGCAAUUAGGAAAAAUAUUGGUCUACUCCCAAUAUAGGUAAAAUUCUCAAUCUUUUAUUUAUGUUGUUUCUACCGUUCCAUUUUCAAUAUACCUACGUAAGGGAGAUCAAAAUCAACGAUAUUUUUUUUAUUGUUUUAAGGUUCUAAACGUUGAAUUGUAACUGUAUACGUGUAAUUUGCAAUAUUUAUUCAAGCAAUAAUAUAGAGAUAAAAUUCGAUUUCAAAUAGGUCGACGUAUGUUUUUUUUUAUCUUUAACCGUUCUCGAGUUAUGUGACAAUCUUAAGAUUAUAAUUCGUGUAGUAUUAAAUUCUCUGGUUGUAUAUAAAAUUGAAGAUUUUUAUAUAUAAAAUGUACUGUGAUAAGUUUGUGUCAAACUGAAUAAAGAAUGACUACAUGAA